AUGGACGGCGACGAUUUUCGCACCAGCGCGCAGGACGCGGCGGAUGAAGAUGUGCUCGAGGGCAUACCGCUGUCGUCACGCACGAUGAGUGCGACCAAUGCCGUUGGCGGCACAUUUGGCCUUGGCAUUGACCAGUUUGAGCUUCCCAAGGCCUCGAUCAACAAACUCGCGCGUACAGAAAUUCCAGACUCUGUGCAGCUACGCAAAGAUACACUCACUGCACUCGUCAAGUCAGCGUCCGUGUUUGUGAGCUACUUGAGUACGUAUUACAACAUGCUAAUUCCAGCGGCGGCAUCUCAAGAUGUUGCGAUUGCACGGGGAAACAAGACGAUCAGCGCAGCGCACGUACUGGAUGCGAUGCGCGAGCUCGAAUUUCCCCUACCCAUGCGCAAGGCACUUCGCGAAGAGCUGCAAGGUACGCAGCCAGCAAAGCUAACCACAGCAUACCGCGAUCUGCAGAAACGCAACGCAGCCACACGGGCCGACGCAGCCGCACGCAGCCGCGCAAUUGCGCGCGCAAAAGCAACGGAAAAGGCAAGCGAAGAGGCUCUGCAGAAGGAGCACGACGCGGAGGAGACGCCAAAAGAUGCCGAGGCGAUGGAAAUGGACCAAGACCAGGCACGAGACCCUGUCCUGUAA